CCCAUGUUAUUGUUUAAACGAAAACCGACAACAUAAACAAUGAAAAUCCUCUGGACUAUAUAAGUGCUACGUAAGAAAUUCGGGGGCUUAGAUGACGGACGUGUUACAUUAAACAUUUAACAAGACAAUUAUGGAUUAUUAGUGUUGAAGUUGUUUACCUUGACCUUGUUCCAGGCGAUUUUACGAUGAUGAGCGGCUCAUCAGCUGGUCCCGAUGCAGCCCUCCUAUUUAAGAAAUUACUGCCAUUUUGUUUGAGUGUGGCCCUUUAUUUUAUCGUUCUCAUCCCCUACGAGAACCCGUCGUUAUUGGCCGCCCUCAUCAAAUGCACCCCCAUCUUUAAUUUAAUGGUUUUCGUACAAAAUCUUCAGCCCAAGAAUACCAGAUGGUCAUUUUCAACAAAAAUUCUUAUGGGACAACUGUGCUGCUGUAUAGGCGACAUAUUCCUACUGUGGAACGAAUAUUUUAUUUUCGGAAUGUUGGCCUUCAUGGUGGCUCACUUGAACUACAUUGUGGCCUUUGGGUUUAAGCCCCUUAGGCCCACCGUCGGUUUAGUUUUAGUAGCCGUAUCGGCCAUAGUUGUAUCGACGCUUUACCACGGUUUGGUCGGCUCUUUACUUAUCGGGGUCCCCAUGUAUAUCGCUAUCAUAAACGUCAUGGUGUGGAGGGCCCUAGCGAGGAUAACGAAUCCAUGGUCGAUUGCUCAUCUAGGCCCUUGUAUUGGAAGCGUCUUAUUCGCUGUCUCGGACCUUAUGAUCGGGAUUGAUAAGUUCGUUAACCCCAUUGCUCAUUCACAGAUACUCAUAAUGUCUUCAUACUACGCUGCCCAACUAGGUAUAAGUUUAAGUGUUCUUGAAAUUACGUAGAAGGUCAUUUAGAGGCCAAAUAUUAAAAAAUUAAUGGAAAAUAUACUGCAUGUAGGUGUAUAUUAUAGAAUAUUAAAACGUUCCUGUUUGUAUCCAAGAUGGCGGCCGUCUACGUCACUGGACCACGCCCGAUUGGACAUCUAUAGUUGGAAAAGGUGCGGGCAUAUCUAGGUUCAGGACCGUAAUAAUAAAACCACAAUUUAAGAGUACCUAUAUUAAAUAUUUUACUUAUUGUUUGUAUAUUAUUAUUAUUAAAAUUUAUUGUUAUUAAAAAAACAUUUGAAA